AGUUCGAAUAUACUGCCAUUACUCCUGGAAAUUCAGGUCUAUCUUUUAGCAACGUCUUCGCGGGAUCUCUGGAGGGAAUAUCAUAGAUCAUCUCAAUAAGCUUUGGGGCACCCUUGGCAGGCUUGGGGGACGGCCGGGGAACGGGGGAGCCCGACCCGGUGUGCUUAGCAAGCUCACUACCACAUCCUAGCGUAGACGCUAGGAGUUAUCUGACCACCAAAGAACCCUCAGCUCCCGAGGGCUAGAUAGUAGCCAUUCCGAAGCAGCUUACCCCUCCUUCUAGCCCGCGUUGCCGUUCUGCCAUGUCAAAUAACUGACCCUGCGUAUGCCAACGUAGCGCACUAACCGGAUCGCCUGUGAAGAUCUGCCCAGCAUUCUGCAUGCAACAAGAACCCAUCCAAACAUGACCGUGUCCGACAAUGACAAACCUCUCCGAAUUGCCAUUAUCGGUGGCGGUAUCGCAGGUGUCACCCUCCUCCUCGCGCUGCUGAAGCACACCCCCCGUCAGAAUAUCGUACCACACCUCUAUGAAGCCACCCCGGAGUUCUCUGAGAUUGGGGCGGGGAUCGCCUUUGGGUCAAAUUCCAUUCGUGCCAUGGAGCUCAUUGACGCCGAGCUAGCAGCAGCAUACAAUCGACAUGCGACAUUUCAGCCAGAUACAGGCGCCUUGGAUAAGAAGCUUUGGUCCAGUUACCGAAUGGGAAUGGAUGGAAAAGGACCACCGUCGAACAGUCUGAAAGCAGGCGAAUACCUGCACGAGGUGCAUGCGCCAGUUGCAAGGAGCAGUGUUCAUCGCGCACGGUUUCUCGAGGCUAUGACGGCACUACUUCCACCUGAAGGGGGGUACGUGAGUUUCGGCAAAAGACUGGUAUCGAUCGAUGAGGGAACAGACGGAGUCACCGUGCACUUUGCAGAUGGGACUUCCGUUUCUGUCGAUGCCGUUCUGGGGUGUGAUGGAAUCAAGUCUCGAGUGCGGCAAAUUCUGCUUGAAGGAGAGGAGGCAGCCAAUGCUGUCUUCACGGGUAAAUAUGCUUAUCGAGGUCUGAUCCCAAUGGAUGAAGCAGUUGCCGCUCUAGGAGAGUACACGGCACGCAAUAACCAUUUCCACUGGGGAUAUGGCGGCCAUCUAUUAACGUUUCCGAUUGAGCACGGAAAGACAAUGAAUGUCGUGGCCUUCCGAACAAAGGUAAAUGGUACCUGGGAGCAUGGGUCACAGUGGGUGUUACCGGGAAACAAGAAACAGAUGCUGCAGGACUUUGAGAGCUGGGGACCAGAUGUCCGAGCCAUUCUGUCAUUGAUGCGAAAUGCAGAUAUAUGGGCCAUGUUUGAUCAUGCGCCCGCCAGUACCUAUCAUCGGGAUGGUCGCAUCUGUCUCGUGGGAGAUGCAGCCCAUGCAAGUACACCGCAUCAGGGCGCCGGAGCCGGUAUGGCAGUGGAAGACGUCUUUGUUCUAUCUCGUCUCUUGGGUGAAGUCCGUGAGAAGAGCCAUUUGGAGCGGGCAUUCAUGGCGUAUGAUGCCGUGCGGAGACCACGCACUCAGCAGCUUGUGCGCACUAGUCGGGAUGCUGGCAUGCUUUAUGAGUGCCAAAAGGAGGGUGUGUGGGAUGACGUUGACAAGAUUCGCGAGAAUUUGAACAUGCGCAUGCGCUGGAUCUGGGAGCUAGAUGUGGAGCAGCACCUGCAAGAUGCGUUGGAUAUUUUUCAUACUACUACAAACGGACCUGUGUAAACACUUACUUCGGAUCGCAACGUUGUUUUCUCUGCGUGCUUUGUAGGGACUGCUGUUGAUUGUAUAUUGAGCAAUAAAGUACAUAUUCCUAUAAUC